AUGAUCGAAGGCAUCAAGUCCGAUAUUGCGAGCCUGGUGGAAGUCAAGGACGGCACCGCGUCGGAAGAGUUGAAGAACGAAGGAGAGUCGGUGCGAGAUGGGCAAAUUCAGAGGAUCACUCGCAUAUCGUCCAUAAUCACAGUGAUCGUCUCCGGACUUGCCCUCUUCAGCGAUGGGUACAAUGCACAAAUCAUUGGAUACAUGAAGCCUCUCUUCAAAGAACUCUACAAGGAUGCAAUGUCGAGUACCAUCAGCUCCAGGCUCACAAAUUCAUAUCUCAUUGGCGAGAUCUUCGGCAUGCUUUUCUUCGGCUGGACGAUUGACAAGCUCGGAAGACGCACUGGUAUCGUCUUUGCCACGUUGUUCCUGGUAUUGGGCAUAGUCAUUGCCACUGCUGCGAAGGGCAAUUCUCAGCUCGGUAUGUUCUGGAUGAUGAUUAUUGGCAGGGGUAUAGCUGGAUUCGGUGCCGGGGGCGAGUAUCCAGUGUGCGCCACGGGUUCAACAGAGGCCUCGGAUGAGAGCGAAUAUGUUCAAAAAAGACGCGGUAUUCUUGUAGCGCUUACCACGAACUUCGCCAUCGACGUGGGCUUUGUCAUUGCGGGAUGUGUCGCUCUCAUUGUGUUGGCAGCAUACAAUUUCCAGACACCAGAGGGGGUUUGGAGAAUUUGCUUCGGGUUGGGCUUUGUGCUGCCGUUGUUUUUGUUCUUUUUUCGAAUCCGAAUGGUCGACUCAACGCAGUAUCGAAAGCAUGCCAUGAAGCAAGACAUCCCCUACUGGUUGAUUAUCAAGCGUUACUGGAAGCCAAUGCUGGGCACAUCCCUCUCUUGGUUUGCCUACGAUUUUGUCACAUACCCGUUUGGGUUGUUCUCAAGCACCAUCGUCAGCCAGCUGAAUCCCAACGACACACUCGUGCAGAACAUCGGACUCGGGACCGCCGUGAACUGCUUCUUCCUUCCUGGCUGCAUCGUCGGUGGAAUGCUCAUGGAUCGAAUCGGGCGCAAGCAGACCAUGACCCUGGGCUUUGCUUGCUGGUCGGUGAUGGGCUUCGUCAUCGGUGGUGCACUGGGGCCAAUCCAGAGAAUACCGGCUUUGUUCAUUGUGCUCUACGGAAUCUUCAAUGCAUUUGGAGAGAUGGGACCUGGAGUUGCGACCUUUCUCUGUAGCGCGGAGAGCUUUCCAACGCCCAUCCGUGGUCAUUUCCUCGGCCUUGCAGCAGCAGUCGGCAAGGCAGGAGCCGCCAUCGGGACGGAAGUCUUCACCCCCAUUCAGAAUUCCUUCUCCAACGAUUUCCAAGGAGUGCAAGCGGUGUUCCUGAUAGGCGCCGCCUUUGCCGCAGUUGGCGGAGUCAUUUCGUACACGCUCAUUCCUGAUCGCGAGCGGAAUCUCGAAGACGAAGACGCCAAGUUUCGUCGAUACCUGGAUGAACAUGGCUAUAUGACUGUCUUUGGGGAAAGUCUCCAAAAACAGACGAAAUCAACAACGUUCUGA